AUCGGCAAAUUGAACCCUAACACCAAAUAUCAAAUUUCCGGUCUCCCAUCUACGCCCGUUUCUGGUCGUCUCCGACCCAUCUCCGCCUGUCUUCUGUUGGUGUCUCCGGCCCGUCUAUGCUUAAAUCUGCCGGGCGUUUCUCGCCAUCUCCGUCCGCCUCCUCCCGUGUCCGUGUGUCUUCGCCUGUCUUCGCAUAAGUCCAACAAUUUUUGCUCAAAUCUCUGGAUGUCCAUAAAAUUAUAUUCGCAGAAAAUAGAUAGCAUCUAUUCAUUCUCAACUGAAAUUUUGGAUGGAGCAAAUGUUGGAGAAGAUAGUGCAUGUGAAAGGUGGGCACUGGGCACUCACUUGGGUUUGAGGGAGGUUUGCUUUUACAAACCUGGUUUGAAAUUAAACGUCAAAGCUCUCUCUCCAGGGCAAUUGCCGAAGAAUUUUUUCCCUAUUGCUUGUUCGGUAGAGUUUGUUGGAUUUCACGAUGCUGCUUUGAAUUCAAAUUCUUCUCGGGAGUUCAAUGCUGGUUUAUUCCCGUCCGAUUUUUUCUGGGGCGAUCUUGUUCUAUGGAAGCUCGCAGUUCUCGUUUUUAAGGAGGUGGAUGGUGGUUUCUUCCCUUGCCCUGCUCCGAUUGAUGCUGCAUCUUUGCAUGGCAGCAUUAGUAACUUGAUCAACAUCAAGGACCUCAAGUCCAAUGACUCGUCCGAUACGUUCGGGCACCAGUCCGUCCAUUCGCAGACUCUUGAGACUCUAUUCGCUGUGGCGUUUAUCAACUCAUCUCCAAUCCUAAAGCAAUCGAGUUGUUUGAGAGUCGAUAGCCAGGAGUUACACGAUUCGGCCAUAUCUAGACGAGUGCGAGCAUAUGUAAGAAGUCUGCAAAUCGCAGCACGUAUUGAUCUCAGAUUACGAGACCCGUUUGCAACGGAUGAUAAACCCUUAUCACCCACCUUUUUGCAGUCGAAAAUGUAUCGAGAGACUCCAACAAAGGAAGCCCACGCCCAAUUGCAUCCAUCCUUUUAUCUGUUAUACCUGCAUUUGGGAUCAGUUGAUCCCCAGAACGUUAACACCCGCCAGCACCUCGAGACAAUGCAAGUCGUUGCGUUGACCCGACUUUUCAUCCUCUCUGAAACCUUAUUCUCGUCCCGUGGUCUUGACUGCGGAGGAGCAGAUCUUGCACACCCGAACCUUCUGGUUGCCAGCGUCGGAGUUGGGAUAGUCGUGCGAUUAGUGCGAUCAAAUUAA